AUGGAGGUGUACGCCGUGACUCGCGAGUUUCAGGAAUGGGGCAAGGGCAUCUACAACCGGCUGCCCACGCCGAUUCGGAACGGACUCAAGGCUGCGGGCGUUUGCCACUUCUUGGUUGUGGUACGGGACGGCCCCGGCGGUGAUCUGUACUCGUUCGACUUCGGCCCGGUCGGCGGCGACGUGACGGGCGCGCUCUCCGGGGGCGUCGCGGGGUUUCCCGAGGUCGCUCCUUCGCAGCUGUGCUUCGAUGACGUCGUUCCCGGCUCUCUGCCCAUGCGUCGGUCGCAGUCCACCCCCGCGCUCUUCAAGGAGGCGCCGGAGGAGGAGGCGGAUGAGCCGGUCGAGAUCCUGGCCAAAGAAGCCAAAGAUCCCGCGGCCGCGGCGGCGACCGACGGCUCGUCGAGCGCGGGCGCCAAGAGCAGGAGGCGAAGGCCGCUCGGCAGGCGCGAGAAGAAGUGGGUGGUAGGGGAGAUUCGCGAGCACAAGAUCGACGAACUUCCUGAAGGGACGCACUUCCUCGGGACCACCGAGAUGACCCUGGACGACAUCCGCGACUUUAACGCAACCCGAAACAAGAUGUACGCGCUUCACGACAACGACUGCCGCCACUACAUGAACGAGCUGUGCGAGAGGCUCGUUCCGGAGCUCGGAAAAUACGGGCGAGGAGGUGUGGCGAGCAAACUCGCGUGGGACGCCACGUGGGGCCGGCUCCGAUCGGGCCGACCCGAGAUUCACCUGCUUCCCAUACAGGCCAUGGCCGACCUCAGGAACCAGCCGGCGCUGGAGCGGAUCAAGACUGCUUCGAUGGCGUCGGUGAUAUUCAGCCUGGGGAUGAGGGCGCUGCCCAUCGUGUUCAAGCCCGUGCUUCCCCUCGCGACCGCGGUGAGCAACGCCGCGCCCGCCAGGAGGCUGGUCACCACCGCCGCCGGAGCCGUCGCGGGCGUGUCUUCGGAGGUUCCCAUCGUGAGGGAGGCUCUGUACGCCGGAAACGUGGCCAUGGAAUCUCUGUCGGGGGUGGCCAACGGAUUGGUCCGGGGUACCACGAGCCUGGUACACGCCACCUCGGGACUGUUCUUCUCGUCCUCGCCAUCCACGGGGCUCGCGGCGGCGUCCGCGGUCGGUGGGGCGUCCCUCGGCGCCGAGAGCGCGAUGGGGCCGCUCGGGUUCGCGUCAGCCGGCGGCGCGACGGAGGCAAUCGCCGCGGGUGUCGCGGCCGGUCGACGGGGCGUCAGGGUUCGAUCCGCGGCGGUCAGCGCCGCGCGGGCGACCCGCAACGUGGCCACGAAGGCGGUGACCGGACUCAAGAGGUUCGCCUCCACCCCAAUCAGGCCCCCCGCGGCGAAGGUCACCAGGCGGCUGAGCUCCAGCUCGAGCACCAGCAGCCUGUCGUCCAGGCGAAGCUCCUUCUCCAUCUCAGGGAGCGAGGCGGACCUCGUAUCCCUGGCCGCCGAUCACAGCGCCGCGGUCGCGGCGAGGGCGAGGAGACUCCCGAGGCUGCCCAGCUUCGGUAACCUGCCGCUGUUCCGGCGAAGUUCCUCAGUCGGCGCGAACCUCGCCAGCAGGUGA